AUGCCACACGCGACGGCCCCGAAGCGCCGGCGAUCCGCGUCGCCAGAGCCGACGACCAAGGCCGAUGCCACGAGCGCAGCAUCGCCACUGAGCAGCAGCAGCCAGACGAGCAGCUUGGACGCGCAGUGCGAGCGCAUCGCGCACCUCAUCGCGACGGCCAAGCACCUCGUGGUCUUUACGGGCGCCGGCGUGAGUACGUCCACGGGCGUGCCCGACUACCGCGGCGAAAAUGGCAUUCGCACGUCGUCCAAGAAGAAGCAGCGACGCGACGCGGUGAUCCCGGAUUUGCACACGCUCGUGCCGUCGCCAGCGCACAUGGCACUGGCAGAGCUCUACCGCAUGGGGCAUGUCAAGCACGUCGUGACGCAAAACGUCGACAACCUUCAUCGCAAGAGCGGGAUCCCGCCGGACGCACUCACAGAGCUGCAUGGGAACGCGACGUUUGGACGCUGCGACACGUGCGAGUUUGUGUACGAGGAGGCCUUUCCUGUGUUUGGCCUCUGCACGCAGGCGGCGUGUCCGUCCGUGAAGAAGCCGAUCGAGCAGCGUCUCUCCAAGCGCACGCGCAAGAGCAACGGGUACCUCCAGCGCUACGUCAUCGGCUUUGACGCGCCGAUGGAUGACAUUGACGCAGCCAUCGACCAUUGCGAGGCCGCCGACGUGGCCUUGCACUUGGUUCUAGUGAACCUGCAGCCUACGCUACCCAAACUCGACAAGCGCGCCGAGGCGACCGGCGCCCGGGUCUACGACACGUGCGACCGCGUCCUCAAGCGGGUGCUCCAGAUCCUCAAGCAGGAUAAGCAGUAUGAGGUGCCGAGGUGGAGCGGCAGCCACGCUGCGGAGCAGUGUUACUUUCACGAUGACGACGGGUCGGCGCUCGUCAACGUCCUCGUCGGGCGCACGAGGGCGCCGCUAAGCCCUACAGCAUGA